CAUUUCCCACACUCCACUCCACCACCGCCGCCUCCUCUUCGCUCCCUGCCUCCUCCGAGUUCGAGAUCGUGCGCGCGCGGGCUAAGGGUUUGCGAGGCAGGCAUACGGUCACGCGGCGAUCGCGCGCGGCAUGGAGCAGAGGAACCUGUUUGUGUCGGCCCUGGGCGUCGGCGUCGGCGUGGGUCUGGGUCUCGCGUCGUCGAGGUGGGCGGCGCCGGCGCACGGAGGAGAAGGCGGCGGCGGAUCAGGUGUCGGCGUCGCGGAGGUGGAGGCGGAGCUGCGGCGGCUGGUGCUAGACGGCCGCGAGGGCGACGUCACCUUCGAUGAGUUUCAUUACUACCUCAGCGAUCAGACGAAGGAAGUGCUCAUCAGCGCAGCUUUCGUCCACCUGAAGAAAGCGGAAUUGUCCAAGCACAUCAGGAACCUCUCCGCUGCAAGCCGCGCUAUACUGCUCUCUGGCCCCACAGAGCCUUACCUGCAGUCACUCGCCAGAGCUCUAUCCCACUACUUCAAGGCGCGGCUGUUAAUUCUGGACGUCACCGACUUCUCGCUUCGGAUCCAAAGCAAAUAUGGGAGCUCCAGCAAAGGCACGGUUCGUAAUCAGCCAAAAGCUGAGACCACGUUUGGGAGGAUGUCUGAUCUCAUCGGUUCUUUUAUAGCAUUUCCUAAGAAGGAUGAGCCUAGAGAAUCAUUGCACCGGCAGACAAGCAAUGCAGAUUUAAGGGCUAGAGGCUCUGAUGGUUCUAGCAGUGCACCUUCACUUCGAAAAAAUGCUUCUGUAUCAUCCGACAUGAGUGAUCUUGCCUCACAAUGCUCUGCACAUUCAGUGAGGCGAACAGUUACCUGGUGCUUCCAUGAGAAAGUUCUGAUACAGUCACUCUACAAGGUCAUGGUUUCUGUAGCUGAAAACGAUCCAACUAUUCUUUACAUAAGGGAUGUCGACCAUUUCCUUUGUAGAUCGCAAAGGACUUACUCUAUGUUCCAGAAAAUGUUGAGCAAAUUAUCUGGCCAAGUGUUGAUACUUGGUUCUCGACUACUCAAUUCUGAUGGUGAUAACGGGGAUGCCGACGAGAGAAUUAAUACCCUGUUUCCUUACCAUGUUGAUAUUAAACCUCCUGAGGAGGAGAACCAUCUUGAUUGUUGGAAAAACCAAAUCGAAGAGGACACAAAGAAAAUCCAGAUUCAAGAUAAUAGAAACCACAUCAUAGAGGUACUCUCAGCAAAUGACCUAGACUGUGAUGAUUUGAGCUCAAUAUGCGAAGCAGAUACUAUGGUUCUCAGCCAUUACAUAGACGAAAUCAUUGUCUCAGCAGUCUCUUACCACUUGAUUCACAAUAAGGAUCCUGAAUACAAAAAUGGGAAGCUCAUUCUAUCUUCUAAAAGUUUGUCCCAUGGGUUGAGCAUUUUCCAAGGUGGCCAUGGUGGGAAAGACACUCUGAAAUUGGAAGCAAAUGAUGAUAUGAAAGGUGCCACUGGAUCUAAGAAAACCGAGACAGAGAAGUCAACCACAGUUCCAGUUAAAGAUGGAGAUGGUUCAUUGCCACCACCAAAACCUGAAAUUCCAGACAACGAGUUUGAGAAGCGCAUCAGACCAGAGGUCAUACCAGCCAGUGAAAUAGGAGUCACAUUUGAUGACAUUGGAGCCUUGGCUGAUAUCAAGGAGUCGCUUCAGGAGCUGGUUAUGCUUCCUCUUCGACGGCCCGAUCUUUUCAAAGGAGGACUUCUGAAGCCCUGCCGAGGAAUUUUGCUAUUUGGGCCACCUGGAACCGGGAAAACAAUGCUUGCAAAAGCUAUAGCAAAUGACGCCGGUGCCAGCUUCAUCAAUGUAUCGAUGUCCACCAUCACAUCCAAAUGGUUCGGGGAAGAUGAGAAAAAUGUCCGGGCAUUGUUUAGUUUGGCUGCUAAGGUUGCUCCCACAAUUAUUUUUGUGGAUGAGGUAGACAGUAUGUUGGGGCAGCGUGCUCGGUGCGGUGAACAUGAGGCUAUGCGGAAGAUCAAGAACGAGUUCAUGAGUCAUUGGGAUGGUCUGUUGUCAAAGUCAGGUGAAAGAAUUCUAGUUCUUGCCGCGACAAAUAGACCUUUUGACCUUGAUGAAGCAAUCAUCAGGAGAUUCGAGCGCAGAAUCAUGGUUGGGCUUCCAACUCAAGAGAGCAGAGAUCUGAUUUUGAGGACGCUGUUGUCAAAAGAGAAAGUUGAUGAAAAUAUUGAUUUCAAGGAGCUUGCAACCAUGACCGAAGGUUACAGUGGCAGCGAUCUUAAGAAUCUUUGUGUGACAGCUGCUUACCGUCCUGUUAGGGAGCUCCUGAAGAAAGAACGAGAAAAAGAGCUGGAAAGAAAGGAAAAGGAGCCAAAAGAGAAGGUGGCUACGGCAGAGAAUUCAGAAACUCCGGAGAGUAAGAAGGAACAUUCAGCAAACAAAGAAGAGAGUUCAGAAGGGAAGGCGGGUAGCUCAGAGCCAAAGGCUGAAGGUGAGAAGGAAGUGACCAUUGACCUUAGGCCACUGACAAUGGAAGACUUGAGGCAGGCAAAGAACCAAGUUGCAGCGAGCUUCGCCGCCGAGGGUGCUGUGAUGAACGAGCUGAAGCAAUGGAAUGACCUCUUCGGCGAAGGAGGCUCCCGGAAGAAACAGCAAUUGACAUACUUCUUAUAGAAAAUUGCGUCCACAUAAAGCAUAUGGCGACAUUGGACCCAGAAACGCGAGUUUGAGACGGAGAGGAUGGUGCAGCAACAGAGCAGAAGUUGGGUCGUGGCAAAAGGAUCUAUCAGUCUGAGUUCACUAGCUAGCUUGAGUAUCCAUGGGAACGCUCAGUAGUUCAUCAGAACAGGUCAUCAUAGUACAAUUCUUACAUGUAUUUGUAUAUGUACAACUCUAGAUUGCAAUUUCCUUCGUUUGUUAGUCUGUAUGUACAUUUGGAUUGAACAGCUUCUUGUAUUAGGAGGUCAUUUUAGCUUCUCAUAGGCUGCUAUUAAUGUAGUAAAGCAUUGUGAGUACAAAUCCAUAUGAUCAAUGGGUAGUAGUUAUUGUUAGAAACGUGUUCUUAGCCAAAGGUGAUGGCAGAUGAAUUGUGGAUCACCGCUAGAUUCGCAAUUUAUGAACGGCGAGGAAAACAGAAACAGCAAGAAAUCGAAAUUCAGAAUCUUGCCGCAACCGGCUACGAACAAUAAAACAGUUUCAGUGAGAGAAUCAGCUCCUUGUCCUUCAUUUUUCUAAGAAUGUCGCAGAUGGUACUGCCACCUCACAAAGACAAAUGAGCU